AUGAUGCUCGUCAGCAUGCCAUCUGGCACUCGGGGUCGUAUUUUCCAAAAGAUGGAUGUCGAUGCUCUGCUCACCUGCUCGUUGACUUCUCCUAAAGUGAGAGGUAUGAUUCAAAGAUUAGACUGGAGAGUCGCUGGAACGAAUAUCGAUCUAGUGGAGUGCAGAGGAUGUGCAAUGAUUCAAUGCAGGAGCUAUGCGCCAACUUCGAAAUGUGUCACAUUUGAAUUGUUGAGAGAUGAGAACGGCAAUAAACUCCCAAAGAUGAGAAUCAAUGAAACAGUUUUCGAUCUCAGCGUUUUCGACGAGGGAGCCAAACUAAUCAAGUCAUGGUCAGAUGACAUGCUUCGUAAAUGGUUCUCAGAGAAUACUCUCUACAUCUUCGCUCAUCUUUUUGGACCAGUGAACGAUGUUUCUUUCGCGAUGCAUGUCAAACAGAUGGCUGACGUUCCCUCUAUGAACAACAUGAAGCAUUGUUUCAUCAUCGAUGAGAAUGCUCAUGGAAGAGAUAUCACAAAGUUCUGUCAACGUUUCGUCGGACGCACUCUCAUUCUUCAUCCAGUUAUCCAAGGAUCAAUCGAUUCGGACACCCGAAUGAUGCGGGUUCCAUAUUUGUACGUAAGAAAUGCAGAAUGGUUGACUGGAUCUCAUCUCAUGCGGUACACUGGUAAAAGUGCAUUCUUGGAUAAUGCCUCUAUCUAUACAAAGGAUAUUAUCAAGUUUGUGACCAAGUGGCUUAAUGGAACGGACAGAAGAUUGAAAUCAGUCGUCAUUCGUAUUAAAGCAGGAAUGCCAGUUGACCUACCGGAGAUUUUGAGAAACCUCGAUGGGGUAAAGACCUGGGAUCCGAAAGAGAGGGAGCGCUACUACUUCUAUCGUGACGAAUGGAAAAUGAGUUUCUUCACGUCGGAUUUGAGCCUGUUGGACUGUUCUGACGGAUUCGAUAUUGUCAGAAAAAGCGACAACAUGCUCUGCACAAUUCGCAUGUCAAAUUUGGUGUUCUGCUUCUACGUCUGGCACAAUAGAUUCCCAACCGACAAUGUUUUCCAGCAAUCAUAA